AUGACCCAAUUUCCAAGAGUAAACGCAAGUGAUGAUUUAGACGUAUUUGAAGAAGUUGGUCGUGGUGGCUUUGGAGUCGUCUACCGAGGAAUAAUUAAAUCAACUCAACAAGAAGUAGCAAUAAAACAAAUUGAUCUUGAAAAAGAUUCCACAGAUUUACUUGAAAUUAAUAAGGAGAUUCAAAUCAUAUCUGAAUGUCGAUGUAAACAAAUUACUAGCUAUGUUGGCUCAUUUGUUAAGAAUUAUAAAUUAUGGGUCAUUAUGGAAUUUAUUGAUGGUGGAUCAAUAUUUGAAUUAUUAAAACCAGGACCAAUUACUGAUGAAAAUGUUAUAAGUUAUAUAAUGGAAGAAAUAUUAAAUGCAUUGAAUUAUUUACAUAAUCAAGGUAAAAUCCAUCGAGAUUUGAAAAGUCAAAAUAUUUUAGUAAGUAAACAUGGUGAUAUAAAAUUGACGGAUUUUGGAGUAUCUACACAAUUAUCGUCAAAUUUUAGUAAGAGAAAUACCACUGUUGGUACACCAUAUUGGAUGGCCCCUGAAGUUAUUGUUAAUAAUAAUGGUGGACAUAGUUAUAAAGCAGAUAUUUGGUCAUUGGGAUGUUGUUGUUAUGAAAUGUUUACUGGUAAACCACCAUUACAAAUAAUGCAUCCUCCAAUGAAAGCACUUCGUUUAAUUUCAAAGUGUCAGAAAAACCAAGAUUUCGUAAAAUUGAUCAACUUGGCAAAUUUGGAAGUAUCUAAUGAUUUAAGGGACUUUUUAAGUUGUUGUUUUAUUGAAGAUCCAAAAUCUAGAUUCAGUGCCAGUAAAUUGUUGAAACAUAAAUUCAUCACAAAGUUUAGUGGUACUAAUUCCCCAGAUAGAAUUAAAUUAAUCAAGAAAUUGAUCACUAAAAAACAAUUAUGGAAUCAACAAAAUCAUAUAGUUAAGACUCAGAAUUAUUAUGUUCCUACUGAAAUUCAUAAUAAUCAGAUUAAGUGGAGCAUGAUUGAUGAUGAAGAUGAAGAAGAUGGUAACGACAAUAAUGAAAGUAAUGCAAAUCGCGAUAAAACAAUUAAGUUUGAUAUAAGUACUAUGGUCGUUGAUGAAGAGGUUGAAAAACAACAAAUUUCACAAUUGUCCAAACAAUUUGAUCAGCAAUUGGAUCCAUUGAGUUUUAUGAAGACUGAUUUCAAUACGAUUCUUACAAAAAUAUUUAACAGAUUGGAUCACAAGAACCAAUUAUCAAAGAAACAGUACGAUCAGAUUUUAGAAAUGAACAAUAUCAUGAUUAAUUUGAUUUCAAAUGAUGCCGAUAGUAAAAGGAUCUUGAUUUUCCAAUACUUGAAAUAUUUGAUUAAAGAAUUAUUAAAAGAGAAAAAUGGUCAUAUCAGCAGAUUGGUUUUGCCUUCAAAUAUAGUACGUCCGGCAUUAUCACCAUCUCAAACUACAGGUUCAUUUACUACAACAGGCAAUCUGUUAAAUACAGACGGUAUUACAUUGACAAGAAUGGGAAGCAAAAAAGAGUUUCCAGGAUCAAAAUUUGACGAAAUACAAUCAAGUUUAUUAGACUCUUGGAUAAAUAGAAUGGAACAGGAUAAAUAA